UGUUGUUUGUCUGACAGUACUGUAUAGCGACAGGUUGUCAAAGAUUCUCAAUAAAAGCACUACUUAAAUACAUACAAGACACUCUGAAACCCGUUUAUCGUACAACGGAUAUCUGAGGAUAAGGAAAAAGGAUAUGUUUUCUUCCCAAGAGAUGUCGCAAAGUCAGUAAUGCCCAUUUCUCCAAUGAUGUGUAAUUGCAGAUGACUGAGCUAGCCAGCUGAGACGAGGAGAUCAAGACUGCUCUCCUCAUAUCCCUGCCACCUGCAGCCAUGAAUGGUACUCGAAAUAUAUGGGCUAUAACCCCAGAGGAGAGGAACAAACAUGAUCAGAAGUUUGACACCCUCUCCCCAGUGCAGGGUUUUGUAACAGGAGAGAAGGCGCGAAACUUCUUCAUUCAGUCUGGGCUCCCCCAGCCUGUGCUAGCUGCGAUCUGGGCCCUGGCUGAUAUGAAUAAAGAUGGUAAGAUGGACCGUCUGGAGUUUUCUAUAGCCAUGAAGCUGAUCAAGAUGAAACUGCAGGGACAGAGUCUUCCUACAGCUCUGCCCAUCAUCAUGAAGCAGCCACCUGUGCCAGCUCCAACCAUGCCAGCAGCACCUCUCGGUAUGGGAACUAUGCCAAACGUACCCAUAAUGCCCAGUGUGCCCAUUCUGACCCCAAUACCAAUGAAUUCCACUCUGGCCCCAAUGAGCACCAUGCCGGGCCUGACCAUGAUGGGCACAGGUCUGUCAGUGAUGCCCACCAUCAGCACUCCAGCUCUGCCUAAUGGACCUAUUGCCAUCCUACAGCCGACCCCCACCUCUUUCACCUCAACUCUCCCGCUGUCAAGUUCGUUUUCCUCUUCUCCACUGGGCUUCUAUGCCACUCCCAUCAACAAAACGCCAUCCCUGCUGGAUGUGGGCUCGAGCAGUUCAAACUCCUCCCCCACCCUCUCUUUUGCCAGCAACUCUCCUAAGGCCAGCCCCUCUGAUUGGGCCGUGCCACAGGCUUCACGACUCAAAUACAGGCAGCAAUUUAACAGCCUAGACAAACAGAUGAGUGGUUAUCUAACAGGCCUUCAAGUGAGAAAUGCAAUGGCUACAACAUUGCUUACUCAGACCCAGCUAGCUACCAUCUGGAAUCUGGCUGAUGUGGAUAAGGAUGGUAAACUAAGGGCUGAAGAGUUUAUUCUUGCCAUGCAUCUGGUAGACAUGUCUAAAAUGGGACAGCCGCUGCCUCUGGUGCUCCCUUUAGACUUGGUGCCCCCAUCACUAAGGGGGAUGGUUGGUGAUUCUGUGAAUGGAACCACUCCCUCUAUCUAUGCAAGACUGGCUGAUGACCUCUGUGAGGUUGAACCUCCGCAAAAAUCAAGAAACAACUUGACUUUUGAGGAUAGGUUUAAGCAGAAUAUGGAGCUGGGAAAUGCUGAGCUGGAGAAACGUCGACAGGCCCUGCUGGAGCAGCAGCGUAGGGAGGAGGAGAGGAGGGCACAAAAGGCUAGAGAAGAGCAGGAGAGAAGAGAGAGGGAGGCUCGAGAGCUGGAGCUGAAGAGAAAGAGAGAGGAGGAGCAGAGACUAGAACGACAGAGAGAGUUGGAGAGACAGAGAGAUGAGGAGAGACUCAGAGAGUUGGAGAGAAAAGAGGCAGCGAAGAAGGAGCUAGAGCGCCAGCGGCAGCUUGAAUGGGAGAGGAGGAGAAAAGAGGAACUUCAGAACCAGAAGAGUGAUGAACAGGAGGAGAUCAUCAAACUCCGAGCCAAGAAGAGGAGUCUGGAGUUGGAACUGGAUGCUGUGGGGAACAAGCAGAAACAAAUCUCUGACAAGCUUCGAGAUGCUCAAGGCAAAAAGAGAAUCCAUAAAAAUGACCUGGAAAUGAUCAACCAGAAAAGAGACACCUGCAUCACAGAAAACAACUCACUGCAGAAGCAGUUAGAGGAGUUUAAGAGAAAGUUGGAACAGUCAGCCACAGAGCAGGCGAAACUCAAGGAGAGACUCCGCAAUCUGAGUCUGAACAACCUCCCUUCUGCAACAGUAACCACUUUAAAGAGAAAUGUGGAAGAGAAGGAUCUUUCCUGUCGAAAACUUAAAGAACAGCUAAAUGCUUUAGAGUCAGAGACUGCAGCAAAACUAGCAGACAUGGACCAAUAUAAGAAAGAAAUCCAGGAUCUCAGAGAGAGCCAGAGGAUGCAGCAGUCUGCUUUGGAAAAACUGUGCACCAUAAAGGAAGACAAAAUUCGAGAGCUAAAGAAACGCAAGCAGGAGGAAUUGGAAAAGAAGAGGAGGGAAGAAGAAGAGCAAAAGUGCAUCAAACUGGAGAAGGAACGGCAGUGGCAGGAGAAACUGCAGCGAGAUGAAGAAGAGAAACUGAGGAAAAUACAGGAGGAGAGAGAGGCCAAACUUCGUGAGGAGGAGGAGAGAGAGAGACAAGCUCGUUUACAGGCUGCUAAAGAACAGGCGGAGCGAGAGCACAAAGCCCGAGAGGAGGAGGAGAGGAGAUGCAGAGAGGAGGAGGAGCGGAGAAGGCAAGAGGAUGAGAAAAAGAGAGAGCAAGAAAGAAGGAAACAUGAGGAGAAAAGAAGGCAGGAGGAGGAAGAGGAGCGCAGACAACGAGAUGAAGAGAGGAGGAAACUGGAGGAAGAGAGGAGGAAAUUGGAGGAGGAAAGGAGAAAACUGGAGGAGGAGAGAAAGCGACAGGAGAUGAGAUUAGAGGAGGAGAGGAAACACGAGGAGUGGAGAAGAGCAGAGGAGGAGCGGAAGAGAAAAGAGGAGGAGAGACGAGAAGAGGAGAGAAGAAGGGAGCGGGAGGAGGAGGAAAGGAGGCGACAGCGGGCCCAAGAAGCAGCCAAGAGAGAUGCAGAAGAGAGGAAGAGACUCGAAGAGGAGAGAAAAAGAAAGGAGGAGCAGAGGAAAAAGCAGGAAGAGGAGGAAAGGAGGCAUCGGGAGGAGGAGCAAAGGAAACAGGAGGAAAGGAGGCAUCGGGAGGAGGAGCAAAGGCAACAGGAGGAAAGGAGGCAUUGGGAGGAGGAGCAAAGGAAACAGGAUGAGGAGAGGAAGAGGAAACAGCUGGAGGAGGCCACAGCCGUGAGGCUCAAAGAUGAUCAACUGAACAAGAAGAACACUGUUAAAUCAGACAUUGUUGCUGCUCUUCUCCGUGGCCUUGAGGAAAGGAAAGGCAACAGACAGCCACUUGGCACACAGCACAGAAGAUCAGCUGCACUGACUGCGUUUAAAGCCCUCUAUCCCUUCACAGCCAGAAAUGAAGAUGAGCUCUCCUUUGAAGCUGAUGACUUGAUUGAGGUGGAUGAGAGUAUGGAGAGAGAGCAGGGCUGGCUGUACGGCAGUCGGCAAGGGAAGAUGGGCUGGUUACCUGAGAGCUAUGUGGAAAAGCAGGCCAAAUCUGAGGCGGUGCCCACAGCCAAACAAGCCCUAAAGCCACAGGUCUCCAUCUCCACCAGCAAAAUGAGUUACUGCUCUGUGCCAAGUGGAUCACGGCUGAACUCCGCCUUCACCCCCACCCAUGCCACAAGCUCCAACUCUUCCAACCAUAGUCAGGUGGUGGGAAAUGUGCAAGCUCAAGCUUUGUGCUCUUGGACUGCAAAGACAGACAACCAUCUCAACUUCUCCAUAGAUGAUGUCAUCACAGUUGUGGAGCAGCAGGAGAACUGGUGGCUGGGAGAACUCAGUGGGGUUCAGGGGUGGUUCCCCAAAACCUACGUCACAGUGCUGAGCAGCAGUGACAGAAAAGCAUAUUCUGCUGAUGGAUAUGAUGCAACAGAUGGAUCAAACUAUGAAGAGUAUGUGGCACUCUACACUUAUGAGAGCCCAGAGCCUGGAGACCUGACCUUCACUGAGGGAGACACCAUCCUGGUGACGGAGAGAGAGGGGGAGUGGUGGAGAGGGAGCAUAGGAGACCGAUCGGGAGUCUUCCCCUCCAAUUACGUCAAGCCAAAGGAGACUGAUAAUUUAAGUCUCUCUGGUAAACCUGGAACUCCCGGGAAGAAGCCAGAAGUGGCUCAGGUGAGCACUGAGUACACAGCUGCAGGUGCAGAGCAGUUGAAUCUGGCCCCAGGCCAGCUCAUCCUCAUUCUCAACAAGAACCCCUCUGGCUGGUGGCUUGGUGAGCUGCAGGCCAGGGGGAAGAAGCGUCAGAAGGGCUGGUUCCCUGCAUCGCACGUCAAGCUGUUAGGCUCAAACAGCGGCAAAUCCACACCUGCGCCUGCGGCCGUUGGCCAAGUCAUCGCCAUAUACGAUUACACAGCAGCGAACGAGGAUGAGCUGAGCUUCUCCAAGAGUCAAGUUAUCAAUGUGCUGGACAAAAGUAAUCCUGAUUGGUGGAAAGGAGAACUCAAUGGAGUCACGGGAUUAAUACCGACCAACUAUGUGAAAAUGACCACCUCAGAUUUUGACCCCAGUCAACAGUGGUGUGCUGACCUGAGCACUCUGGAUUCAAUGAGCCCUCAGGAGAGAAAACGGCAAGGUUACAUCCAUGAGCUCAUUGAGACAGAGGAGAAAUACAUGGAAGACCUGCAGCUGGUCCUGGAGGUCUUUCACAAGCCCAUGUCUGAGUCAGGUCAUCUCACUGACGCUGAAAUGAAUAUGAUUUUCGUCAACUGGAGGGAACUUAUCCAGUGCAACACCAAGAUACUGAAAGCCCUGAAGGCAAGGAAGAAGUCUGGGGGAGAGAAAAUGCCCGUUCACAUGAUUGGGGACAUCCUGGCUUCUGAGCUCUCACACAUGCAGGCCUACAUCCGCUUCUGCAGCUGCCAGCUGAAUGGUGCCACACUGCUGCAGCAGAGAACCGAUCAGGAGCCAGACUUCAAAACCUUCCUAAAGAAAAUUGCCACAGACUACCGUUGUAAAGGAAUGCCUUUGUCCAGCUUUUUGCUUAAACCUAUGCAAAGGAUCACCCGCUACCCUCUUCAUAUUAAAAAUAUCCUGGAAAGUACUCCAGAGAGUCAUGUGGAUAAUGUUCAGCUGCAAGAGGCUUUGGAGAAGGCAGAGUUGCUGUGCUCUCAGGUGAAUGAGGGAGUCAGGGAGAAGGAGAACUCUGACAGAUUGGAGUGGAUCCAAUCCCAUGUGCAGUGUGAAGGCAUCUCUGAGAAUCUAACCUUCAACUCUCUGACCAACUGCAUGGGUCCUCGUAAAUUGCUGCACAGUGGGAAGCUGUUCAAGACCAAGAGCAAUAAGGAGUUAUACGCUUUUCUGUUUAACGACUUUAUGCUGUUCACCCAAGCUGUCAGGCAGUUCACCUCCUCAGGAACGGACAAGCUCUUCAACACCAAGUCCAAUACUCAAUACAAGAUGUACAAGAUGCCUGUGUUUCUUAAUGAAGUUCUGGUGAAGCUUCCGUCUGAUCCAUCCAGUGAUGAGCCUGUCUUCCACAUUUCCCACAUAGAUCGUGUCUACACCCUAAAAACCGAGAAUAUUAAUGAGAGGACUGCAUGGAUUCACAAGAUCAAAGCAGCAUCAGAAGAAUUCUUAGAGACGGAGAAGAAGAAGCGGGACAGGGCCUAUCUAUCUCGCUCAAUGAAGGCAAGUGGAAUUGGUCGCCUGCUUGUCACCAUCUUGGAGGCAACAGAGCUGAAGUCCUCCAAACCAAAUGGGAAGAGUAAUCCAUACUGUGAAGUGACCAUGGGCUCUCAGUGCUACACCUCCCGAACCAUCAAUGACACAGUCAACCCCAAAUGGAACUUUAAUUGUCAGUUUCACAUUAAGGACUUGUAUCAAGAUGUCCUCUGCAUCACCAUUUGUGAGCGGGAGCAAUUUUCACCAGACGAGUUCUUAGGUCGCACUGAAGUUCCUGUGGCCACCAUUAAGAAAGAGCUUGAGAAUAAAGGUCCGUCCACCAGGAGGCUGCUGCUUCAUGAAGUCCCCACCGGGGAGGUUUGGGUUCGGCUUGACCUGCAGCUGUUUGACCACAAAGGCCACAAAUGAGAAGAGAUUCCCUUAAAACUGCACCAAGCACAUGGACUCACUACUAACCCUCAAGUUCUUCCCCUCUUGCUCUUGCCUUAAAAUGCUCUCAGUUACUGUGGAACAUACUAUUGAAUGUGUGACCAUUGGGAAGACGAGUUAGCAUUCACAUCUUUGCCAAGUUUUGCUUUAACACGUGACAUUGGGAGGAAAAGGGAGAAUUUUGGAACAUUUGUGGUUUUCUUGCCUAAAUAAUUUACCACUGGAUAUAGAGAAUAUCUCAGGGCUUUUAUUUUCCUUUUCUUUCAACUAUAAUGUCUUUAUUGCUGUACUGAAAUCUAUAUUUGUUAAAGGGAUAGUUUUUCCAAAAAUGAACAUUUUGUCAUUUGCUCACCCUCAUGUUGGUCCAAACUAUUAUCACUUCUUUCUGUGGGAAUGUUUGACAGAAUGACAGGCUCAGUCACCAUUCACUUGGAAACAAGAUGCAAUGAACAUAAAUAGUGACUGAGACCAACAUACUGCCUAAUCUCUCCUUUUGUGUUUGUCAGAAGAGAGAAAGUCAAACGGGUUUAGAACAGAAUGAGUUGCGAGUAAAUGAUUACAGAACUGUCAAUUUUGUGUGAAGUAUCCCUUUAAUCAUAACUUGCCUAGAUUUGAAGUUAAUAAACUCUUUUGCACUUGAACAUCUUUACCAGGAAUACUAAAAGUUUUUUAAAUAGAACUAUCCUGUCUGCCUUACAUGCCAAUUCUUUUAUUAAAUUCAACAUCGCAGAAUUAAUUUGCACCAGCCAGUUUCUUCUCUUAAAAUCUUUAAAGCUCAUCUGUGUAACACAAAGGCUAUUUUUUCUAGUUUUAUUUACAAAGGUACAAAUGAGGUGAUUAACCAGGGAUGAUUUGUUAAAGGUCUAAAUUACUGAUUAUUUUGUGUGCUUGACUGAAUUUUAUUUGUUAAUUUAUGCGUCUUGGACUAUCUGCAUAUUUUACGCUGCCCAGUAUAUCUGGACUGCCAUAAUAAAGCAUUCAGAUAAGGCCUUAAUAUUGUAUAUUUUUGCAGAGCUGGUGAAGAAUGGACGUUUACUCAAGUGACUGAGUUACUGAGUUUGUUUUUAGGUUUCAUUUGUUUUAGUUUGAAUUAUGAAUGUAAUAAAGUUUGAAUGUUCUACAAAUAUUUGUUCCCACCAUUUUCCCUUUACU